AUGGCGGUGAAAGAGGGUGCGACGAGUGAUGACGAGUCACUUUUAUUGAUAGAGGAAUACAGAACAAGGGAAGUUUUAUGGAACCCUCAAAAUGAAAACUUUUAUAAACAAAAUUUAAAGAAAGAUGCGUGGGACGAAAUCGGAAAUGUAUUGAAAAUAACAGCAGAAAAGUGCAAUAACAAAAUGACAAGUCUUCUCUCUUCUUACCGCCGUGAAAAAGGAAAGGAAAAAAUAUCCAAGGGGACUAGAAAAGGUACUUCAGACACAUACACAAGUCGAUGGUUUGCCUACAAUGCUUUAAAGUUCUUAGACGAUAGAAACACACCAAGAAAGAGAAAAAAUACGGAGUCCAUUCAACGCUCAGUCUCCAAAAACAAUGCCACCGAAGCCACGCAACAUGAGUUCACCCCUCCAGCACCACCAAAUGAGCAUGGUCUACAGGAAGCGAAACGAUCCAGAAAAGAAGAAAACAAUGUUCUUACCGAUGUAGUGGGGUAUUGA